AUGGCUACCGGCUCCAGCUGGAAGAUGGCGAGGGAGGAGCUUGUCAAGAUCUCCAUCGCGGACGCCACGGAGCGCGCCAGCCGCGCUCUCCGCGCAGUGGGAUACAGCGAGGACGACGCGGCCACGAUCUGCGCGCACAUCAUGGACGCGCAACUGCGCGGAUACGGCCCGACGGGGGUUGCCAGGAUCCUCACGAUCGCGAACCUGCUCAAGCAGCAGAGAUCCAAUAAGCUGGUGGGAAGUGACGACAUGGUGGUGACGCGCGAGAGGCCCGCGUCGGCGCAGCUCGACGCCAAGGGCGCAAUCGGGUACCUGGCGGCGCACCGGGCGACGGCGCUUGCGAUCGCCAAGGCCAAAGCGACGGGGGGAGUGGGCGUCGUCGGGGUCAGCGACACCUUCUACGCGGGCAUGUUGUCGUACUACGCCGAGAUGUGCACGCGGCAGGACCUGGUGGCGCUGAUCAUCGCCAGCGCGGGACCCUGGGUCGCUCCCGAGGGCAGCUCGACGCCGCGCUUCGGCACGAAUCCCAUGUGCAUUGCGUUCCCGUCGGGGACUCGCAGACCCGUCAUCUGGGACAUCGGCACGUCCAAGAUCACCCACGCCCAGGUCAAGCUGGCGCAGCUGAUGGGCGAGGACCUGCCCGAGGGCACGGCCUUCGACAAGGACGGCAACCCCUCGCGCGACCCCUUCAAGGCCCUCCCCGAGGACGGCGGCGCCAUGGCCGUCUGGGGCGGGCACAAGGGCAGCGGCCUCGCCAUCGCCAUACAGCUGCUGGGUGCAUUGGCCGGAGCCCCAGCACACACGGCCAACGAUCACGGUUGGGGGCUGCUGGUCAUCGCCAUGGACCCGGAGAUGUUCAGACCCAUCGACGACUUCAAGCGCGAGGUUGACACCUACUCCGACACCAUCCGCGCCAGCCAGCCGCUCAAGGGCAACGGGCCCAUCAGGAUGCCCUUUGAUCGGAGCUGGGAGACCCGUGAGCGCACGCGAGAAGGCGGGUUUGUCGAGGUGGAGAGAUCAGUGCUGGAGGGUUUGCAGAAGCUGAUAGAUGGGGCAAAAUGA